AUGGGGUCUCUAGUUCAAAAGCCUCUUGUUGUGUUCAUAAUGGGGGCCACGGGUACGGGAAAAUCACGUCUGUCGGUCGAUAUCGCAGCCGAAUACUCUGGCGAGAUUAUCAACUGUGAUAAGAUGCAAGUCUACAAAGGCCUAGACAUAGUCACUAACAAAAUCCAAGAACAUGAAAUGAAAGGCGUAAAACACCAUUUGCUAGGCGAGUUCGACCCAAACUCUGACUUCACGGCACUAGAUUUUUGUAACCGUGCACUAAUGGUUAUUGAAAAAUUGGUGGGCUCGGGAAAAUUGCCUGUGAUUGUUGGUGGAUCGAACUCUUUUAUCGAAGCACUCGUUGAGGAUCCAUGUUUUCGAUCUAAAUACGAGUGUCGUUUCUUGUGGAUUGAUGUUUGCCUACCCGUACUGUUCUCGCAUGUUCAUCAACGUGUAGACCUCAUGGUUGAUGCAGGACUUGUUGAUGAAGUUCGAGCCGUAUUUGAUCCAAUGGCCGACUAUGGAAGAGGCAUAAGUAAGUCGAUUGGCGUUCCCGAGUUGAAAGAAUAUUUCCAGGCGGAAAGGAACAAAGCAGUAGAUCAAGAGACUGCUCGAAACCUACUCCAAGCUGCGAUUUCCGACAUCAAGGCGAACACAUGCAAGCUGAUCACUUGUCAGUUAUCCAAGAUUUAUCGACUCAAGGAAGAACUCAAGUGGCCAAUCUGUCGUGUGGAUGCAACUGCCGUGUUUCAGAAACAAGGCAAGGAAGCAGAAAAUGCAUGGGAAGAACAAGUUUUAAAACCGUGCUUGCGGAAAAUCAAUUGGUGA